AAGAUUUUGCUAGAAGUAAAAGUUGUUUGAGGUAUCAACUGCUAGGUUUAUCGUCAGUCGUUGAUUCCUGUUAGCUGUAAAUCUGCUAUCGGUGUGCUGACCUGCUAAGUGUAGCAGGGAAAGGCUAUCUUUCUAUCAGAAAUAGCAGAAGAAAUCGUCGGUAAAUUUUUCACUACAGAAAAUCUGCAAAAAGCUAGUGCUAGCCUACUUGGUUUCGUGCUACGGAGACAGUCGUUUAUUUUGCCAUUAAAGUGGAUUUUAGUAGGAGAAAAUAAACUUGCGAUUAUUCCUGUUCCGGUGUGCUUGUAGUGGACUGUUAAAAGCUCCGACGGAGUCAGAACGAACGGUUUGCAGUCUAUUUCUCCGUGUGUUUCAUUAUUUGUCAUUUCGGUAGAGUGGCCAUAGCUGUCAUAGCAACGCCUGCCGCACACCCCGCAUGCUCAACGUUUCCGUGUUCGGUUAUUGACAAGGCUUGUAUGUCGAGGAGCAAGACGCGGAACGGAAAAAAAUAAAAUCUCCAAUCUCCGAACAAGCCACGAUUGCGAACUGUCAAGUGUGUGCGUGAAACACACGGCAAAGAGCAAAAUCCAUUGUUUCAUAUCUUUCUUCCCUGCCAUCGUUCAUCGUGCGAAAGCAAAAAGAAAAGUAUAAUUGAAAAAGCAGUGUAUCGAGGAAAAAACAAAAUAAAUUAAUACAUGAGAGUAAAGCAGAAAAUCAUAGAAGAAAGUCGCGUGUGAGAAGCAGUGUCUAAAGGCUUAUUAGCGAUAAAGAUAAGUGAAAACAAUACAGGUUGCAAGUGAAUAAGUUGCUAGACGAAAAAGCCCAAAAGUCAUCCGUCUAGCGUAGCGUUAAGAAAGGUGUUUUGCAUUUUCCAGCUCCCUUCGGUCGUCGCAAUAUAGGUUUUGUCCUAAAGUAGUUUUUCAGUCGGUAGUUUGCUCGUCGUGCUUCCCGUGUGUAGUGUCACCGCUCCAGAUAGUGUCAAAGCUAUCAGUGAUUAUCCAACGUAUUCUGGUUGCAAAGCGGUAACAAAACAAAGCGAAUCAAUGAUCAUGGCGUUCAACGGAAACGGUGCCGGCGGUGGCCAGGACGGGCCGCACAACAAGCGCCUUUGCACCGGCCAGGAGAUGAUCGAGACGGUUCCGCUGAACAGUCGGAACAACAACAACAACAUCAACGUCACAGAUGAACCUCGGCGGAAGCGCGAGGUUGCAACCCGACCGAACCAUAUCCUACUGUUCACCAUCAUCAAUCCAGUCUACCCAAUCACAGUGGACGUCCUACACACCAUCUGUCAGCCCAACGGACAAGUGCAGCGUAUCGUGAUAUUCAAGAAGAACGGAGUCCAAGCCAUGGUCGAAUUUGACAGCAUCGAAUCUGCCACCAGAGCCCGCGAUUCCCUGAACGGAUGUGACAUCUAUUCCGGCUGCUGUACUUUGAAGAUCGAUUACGCCAAGCCAGAAAAACUCAAUGUUUACAAAAACGACACGGACUCCAGUUGGGACUACACAUUGGCCGCCGUCAACAAGGAAGCCUGCAAUGGUCGCGCCCCAUUGCUACAUGAUCCGACCAUCUUCGGUGGAAGACCGACUCCUUACAAUGAUCGUCAAUCACUAGAGCCAGCCCUCCUGGGAGCCGGUGGAGGAAACGGUUUCGCCCCGAGCUUUUCGCCGCCCGAGUUUCAUCCGUCGGAAAAUUGGAAGCCCACCCCGGCCGGAACACACGUCGGACUGAUGAAGGACCCACCCAUAGCCCGGAACGGACCGGCCAACUUCAUCCAACCGGCACAGCAACAGGGUGCCGUCAUGAUGGUAUAUGGACUGGACAACAGCACAGCCAACACCGACAAGCUGUUUAAUUUGUUCUGUCUGUACGGUAACGUUGUCAGGAUAAAGUUCUUGAAAACCAAAGAAGGCACCGCCAUGGUUCAGAUGGGAGACGCUAUCGCAGUCGAACGCAGCAUCCAGCACUUGAACAACAUUCCAAUUGGAAAUGAUGGCAGCAAAAUUCAAAUCGCAUUUUCCAAGCAAAACUACUUGUCAGAAUCCACCAAUCCCUACACUUUACCAGACAACUCAAUCAGCUUCAAGGACUACAGCGCCUCAAAGAACAACCGCUUCCUGUCAUUGACCCAGGCCAGCAAAAAUCGCAUUCAGCCUCCCAGCAAGAUUCUUCACUUCUUCAACACUCCGCCCGGUAUGUCCGAGGAACAGCUGCUGAAUGCUUUCACCAGCAAGGAUUGCCACCCGGCCCAGGUACGAAUGUUCCCGCUGAAAUCGGAACGCUCCUCCUCCGGACUGGUCGAAUUCCCCAGCGUAGCUCUGGCAGUGAACGCCAUCAUGAAGUGCAAUCACAGCGCCAUCGAUCAUAAAGGCACAAAGUUCCCAUUCAUCAUGAAGCUGUGUUUCUCCUCGUCCAAAACGAUGAACGGCGCGUGGAACAACGAGAACAUUGAAAACAUGAACACUAUGGGAGUCGUCCAGGCGAGCCCGAUGUCGGCAGCCCAGGCACAAGCGGCCGCAGCAUCCGUCGCAGCAGCCACCGGUGGAGUAACGGCGGUGGGCGGUGUGCAAGUCGGUGACGAGCCCAUGUAAGCCCAAUGACGACACUAUCGAGCGUUGCGAAUCACAGUCCGAAAAACACCGAAAAGCCAGCCGUUCGUCAGCUCUCAUCACCACCACCCACCAAGCCACUAGAGAAAACUGAUGCUGCUACUACUCAUAACCAACAAACAAGAAAAAACAAAACAAAAAAAUAAAACAAAAACACUAUCAGAGCAUAGUAGUCAAUCGUUGAAAGCUGCUCGUGAAAGGUCCUUCCCUACUUCCCACUGCUGUUUAAAAAAAUCGUGAAUCCAGAGAACUGAAGUACUGGUCUGUUGCGACCAAUAUACCAACUCGAAAAAAAUUAACUGCUAUCUUUUCAACGGCACAGUCCUAGUUUCAAACGCCGUUUUCUAUUUUUCAUUUAGAUUGAGAUAAAAUUAUUAGGCCUGCAAAAAGGUUGAUAUUGAUAUUUCGAUUUGUCUUCCUAAUGAUUUCGAAAAACGCAAAAACGCGGUAAACAAAUUGUCGGUAAAAUCGGUCCAGCUUUUUUCCUUUGUUUUGUUUUUCUCAAGCACACACCUUUCAAGAAGCAAUAAAGGACGGCUAGAGCGCGCGAAGACCAGAAGAAGCUAGGAGGAGGCAGUGAAAAUUUUUUGAAAAAAGACAUUAUUUAUUGUGUAGUCCUAAGGCAACUGAUAGAAGUAGGGUUCCAUUUCCUUUCUUUCUUAGUUUUUUUUUCUGUUUUGAGUUUCCGAUCGUCGCAGAGAGGUAAAGAAAGAGAGAGAGCAGUGCAACUGCCAUUGUAAUUGUAAUUGUACUUUUGUUUUCAUUAGAUAAAUGAAUUGGUUACUGAAUUUUAACUGGAAAAUUUGAAGGAAUCUGAAGAAUGGCGACAAGUAAAGGAGAGGAAAAGUGAGAAAGGUUUCUAAGCUUCAGUUCUGCAAAUCGACCGACAAAAGAUUAUGAACAAAAUUUAUUGAACAUAAAUUUGUUGAACAAUGAAUGUAAAAUCAAGUAGUCAAAUUAGUUUCAAAUCGUAUAUUAUUAGAUAAGAGCGAGAGGGGAAGCUUCGAAGAAAACAGAAAAAAUGUCAAAAAACUGAAAUUGAAAAAAUGUAGUUUAGCGCGUUAAGUUAGUUAAUUUAAGGGAUAUACAAACAAACUGUAUAGAGUUGUUUUAUUUGCAAUAAGUUUUUUUUCUCUGAAAACAAUCAUCACGCUGAUUUGACACGAAAACACACCUACACACAUACAUAUACAAAACAUGAACAUAAGAACACUUACGCCUAAGUGUAUUUCUGUAUACUCAAGCACACACACACUCUGCGAAGUAAAAAAAAAAACAAAUCAAGCACCACUUGAAGACACACCAGACAGACACUAACUAGCAGCAUCAUUCGUGAGCCUGUCAUGCUCAUUCCCUUCUCUGACCGCUGCGCUACUGAAAGCUACUGAACUAGCCUAGCAUAGAAGGGAAGCUCCUAUUGUUUAGUUUUAUCAAAUUGCGCAAUCCGUUGUUUUGUGGAACGAAACGACAAUUCAAGAUGGAAAAUUUCCAAACAAAUAAAAGAAAUGUAAAACAAAGCAACCUGUUUCUUCGAGUGUAACUUAGUUGGUAAGGAUUAGCUCAUUUUUGUACAUUUUUAUAUAUACACAUUAUAGGAAAACUAAAUCCUUGUUUUAAGGUUAGACGCCACAGAGUGAGAGACAAGCGCAAGACAAAGGCGAAUCGCGAAACGAUACAAGUUGAUUGUUGAUAUUUUUGUCACAUUUCAGCGAAACGCUAACGUUCGUUUCUUUUUGUUUUUCGAUAACGAUUAAGCCUCUGUUUCUAUUUUUUCUGUUUUGUUUUGUUUCAGUUUUACGUUAAAACCGUUAUUUUUUUCUUUCUUUAAUAUACAAGAGAAAGUGAUCCUGCAGCGAACGGGGAUCGCACAGAGACGUUCGUUUUUCUUCACAAUCACAAUGUUAGAAAACUCAAGCCAAAAAAAGAAAUACAAAGCCUAACAACGGGGUCGACCGAAAGGAGAAAUUUAUUUGUUGUUGAAAUAAAGAAACCACAACAAUGCAACCAUUUUAGUCCUAGUUUGAUUGUGAAAGUUUCGUCCGGGUGUUUGUGUGUCUUAAGUUUCUAUUUCUAAUUUUUUUCAGGUUUGAUUUCUAGAGUCGGUGUUACCGUUUUCCCUAUUUUUUUUCAACUUGGUUAAGUUACUUUUUUCCGUUCAGAAAGCAACAUAUCCCACACACACAAGAAAUUUCAAAAUAACCAAAAAUCACACAGCAGAAACAUAUUUCGAGGAAUAAUUAAGAAGAGAUCGCUAACUCUUAAGCAUAUUACCAAGAAGAGAAGAUGAUGCAUAUAUAUUUACAAGAAGAAACAAAAAUUGUCAGAUUAAACCAAACUUAAGAAAAAAGAAAAAGUCUUAAAAUAUUGUAUAAAUAACGAAGAAAAAAAUAAUCAAUAAUGUAUGGUGGUCCAAUGUUGAGAAAAUAUCAUUUUAUUAUUAUUGAAAGUAUUGCGAUAAACACAACAAGAAUAACCAAAUACCAGCUAAAUGAAUUUUAGUGAAAAGAAACAGUUAAUACAUCAAACACAUUUGCGAGAAGUUCUAUACAGCUUCCCGUCGAAGGCUAAAUAUCGUAGUAGGGACAAUGUCUAACAUGCAGCAAGCAAACUGUCAUUUUAUCUAACACACACACACAAACAGCAAUGCAAAAUAGAUCCCAUACGAAGAACAAACUGCUGUGAACUGCAGCAGCGAAACAAAGCUAGCGAGAGAAUCAAUUAUUAGUUUAAAAGGCAAUCAACUGUUGUUGUAAUUUUUCUCAUCAUCAAUCUCUGUCCAAGUACGGAAACGCUCGUUCUUAGCCAAGUACCACCCCCUCCCCUAAAAGAAACAAAAUAUCAUUAACGUUACUUAAAGGCUGUGGAUGUGCAAAUGUUUUGUUAUGUAUGUGCGUAAGGUAACCGUUAGCAAAAGAAAAAAAAAGAUGCUAAAGCAAAACACCCCGACCCACAAUAUCAUUAGUUGAUCACUUUGUUAUGAUCCCCACCCAGGAAAAAAAUAUAUAUAUUCUGUUCCGCGAUCCAUUUUUCGGAAAUUCAACCCAAGCAAAAAUUUGGGUUUUAUUAUACCUUUAUGACGGUUUUUACCAUCAUAAAACCACAAUAAGAGUGGAAUAAAGUCCAUCUUUCCUGCUUGGGAAUUUAACUAUUAUGAUGCUCUGCAUCACGUAGCAAGAAGCAUGAUUAUUAAGUCUAAAAACUAUUUAAGAUGGAAGCAAACCAACAACAAACACUGAUAGGCGCUAAUUAGACGUUAGGGACGACAAAAACCUACAAAAGUAAAAUAAAAACAAAACUAAUAUCAACACCGGAAAGCAAUCAGAGACAAAAUAGAGCGCGUGCGAGCGGGCUAGUGGGGCUGGUGGAAGGGGCACGCGUGUUUGCCGGGGACGUUCCUUGGGCACACGUGCGUUCACACCGUCCGUCCGUUCGUCCGCCCGCGCACACAAGUAUCAAUACGUAUUGUAGUAGCUAAAUAACACGAAACCCGUUGCUCAAUCAAAAAAAUGUUCGAUUUGCUUAGUCGGUUUUUAGUUAAGUCAGUUUUUCUUUGUGCGUAGAAAUUGUAUUUUUUGUUUGUUGUUGUUGUUGCGUGCGUUAUCGUUAGUCAACUGCGUUAGCUUAUUCUGCGUUCGGUUUACUGCAGGUUAGAGUGAAAAUUUGAAACGGACAUAUCCUGUCGGAACUGUCGGAAAUGAUGGUCGAAAAACAAAUCCGUCUGCCAAAUUAAUGAUUUCUAUUGUGUUACAAUCUAAGUUCCGCGUCUGUCUAAACUAGAAGUCUAGGUGAAAUGAGACACGAGGCUUGUGGAUAUGAGGCCAAAAAGUCAAAAAGGGCGCGAGGCCAAAUGGCCAUGAGACCGAAGGAAUAAGAGCUUGAUAAGAUCCGUGGUACGAUCAAGUAGUAUUAAACUGCUUACUUCUCACUUCUGACAACUCAUUUCUAAUUCAUUCGCCUCUAUUCUACAUAACGAUUGAAGGGGGAUCUGAUCAGAAAAUGCGCUUCGAUCAGAAUACAACGUACGCUAUAACAUACGUCAGUCGGAACGUUUCUGAUCGUAACGGGUCCGAUCGGAAUGUAGAAUCGAGGUGAUUAUUUGAUUGACAUGUCUUGAUACGAUAAGGUGUAAUAAUCAUAGGGCCCUAUUAUGUAAGCCGACCCGAGCGUCUCUUUAUUCGACUGCAUUUUUUGGUAUUAUAGAACUCACGCCCGACAGUUUGUCAAAUAACUCGACUGAUUCGAUCGUUCUGUCACGAAAAAAUCUGUGACUUUUAAAAUGCGACCAUUUCGCUCCACAGGGCAGUGAGUACUGCUCCUCCUCGUGCUUGUCUUCUGCUUUCUCCCUCUUCUUCUUCUCCUCCUCCUCCGUCUUUUCCUCAAGCAACUAUUAGGGACUUAAUACAUACUUAUGGCGGCUUUUUUGAUAAAAAUUGUUCAUCAAAGCUGCAAUAAGAGUGCAAUAAAACUCAUAUUGUUACUUGGGGUUUUCUCUUCCUCCUCUUCCUGCUCUUUCUACAGCUUCUCUUUCUCAUCUUUUUUAUCCUACACUUCCUCUUCAUCAAUAUCUUCUUCCUUUACCGCUUCCCCUCCUUCCUUUUCUCAUCUUCUUCCUCCUCUUCCCCUUUCUCCUCCUUUUUCCCCCACGCUUCCUUGGCCUCCUCCUCUACCGCUGCUUCCCUUCUCUCCUUCCUUUUCCUCCUCAACCUAUUCUCUUCUUAUUAUAUUUCUAUCUCUUUCUUCCUCCUUGUUUUUCUCCUCUUCUUUCUCCUCCCUGAGCAUACAUACCGUUGAGCCCAUCCGACACUACUACUGGGCCAUAUUUAUAACAGCUUUAAUAACCAGAAUUGACCAUCAAACCUGCAAUAAGAGUGUAGUACUUAUUUUAUUACUUGGGUCCUCGUCUUUCUCUUUAUUCUGCUCUUUCUCCUCCUCCUCCUCUUUCUCUUCUUCUACUAACUCCUUCCUCCUCCGCCCUGAGCGUACUUAUCGUGGAGUUCUUUCGGCGCAGGGCGAUGACGUCAAACUUGCGGCUCUUCUGUACAUACGUCGGAGAGUCCAUGAGUACUCCCUUGGAAUUCGAAAGAACGGCAGUACCACGAUUGUUCCGGGCCGAAUUUUCUUGUUCUUUGUUUUGUACAUCGUCGUCGUCAGCCGGGGCUAGAGUCGGGGUGGCUCGUGCUGUUUCAAGCAGUCGUCUCCAUUCAAUUCGAUGUUGGGCUAUUCGUGGCCAAUUUCUCAGUCGAUCCGAAGUCAUAAAUUACUUUCGAGCUGGUCGAGCCAUCUCGCAUGUGGAGCCCCCCUCCCUCCUCUUCCUGGUACCAGCGGGGUUGUUUGAGAGAACUGUUUUCGUUGCACUGUCGUCCAGCAUCCUUACCACGUGUCCGGCCUACAGUAGCCUACUGACUUUCGCCAGUUGUACGAUAGGAAUCUCUCCAAGCAGUUCCUGUAGCUCGUGAUUUAUACGUCUCCGACACUCUCCGCUGUAGGUUUUUCCUCCGCCGAAUAUCGUCAGCAGUACCUUCCGCUCAAAUACGGCAAAUGCGCGUUUAUUCUCAGUGAUCAGCGUUAUGGCUUCAAGUCCAUAAAGAAUUACUGUUCUAAUAAGUGUUUCGUAUCAUCGUCAGCUUCGUACGUCGGCAUAUGUUUCUUGAUUGUAGCGUUUUGAGAAGGGCAAAAUAAGCCCGGUUUCCCGCUUCGUAUGCGUCGCUGGAUCUCUUUACUAGUGUCGUUGUCCGCGGUCACCA